AUGGCGAAGUUGUCAACAAUACUACCCUUCCUCUUUCUCCUCCUAGCCAUAGCUCUCCCGCUGAUGCUCGCCGCCUCAGGAGACGCAGUUACCACUACUACCACCGAGGCUGAUUGUUUCCACCGCCCCGACGAGUCCGAUGAAGAUGUACUCCUCGGAGGCUCAAUGCCUAGCAAGGACGACGAUGUGGAGCUAGAGAGCGAACAACUCGACGGUGAAGGCCUUUUCGAGGACGAUGUCGAGCUAGAGAGCGAACAACUCGACGGUGAAGGCCUUUUCGAGGACGAUGUCGAGCUAGAGAACGAACAACAUGACGAUGAAGCCUUGCUCGAGGACGAGAAUGAUGAGACAGGUUACAUAGUAAUGCCAACUGAUCAUCAAAACGACGAAGAAGACGAUGAUACUGAAUCACUUUCGCCAUCGAAUGAGUCCAAUUCGGAUUUUGAGUCGGAGGAUGAGGAGGAUACUGACGACGAGGGUAAAUUGGGUGUUGCGGUGGAUAAGGUGGUGACGGCGGCCUUCUUCAACAGCAUAAUAAAGAACGCAGGAUCAACCUGCAAAGGGAAGCGAUUCUACACCAGAGCCGCCUUCCUCACCGCCACCAAGUCCUACCCGGAGUUCGGCAAGCAAUCCUCCGACGCCGCCACCAAGCGCGAGAUCGCCGCCUUCUUCGCCCACGUCACCCACGAGACCGGAUCUUUGUGCUACGUGGAGGAGAUCAAGAAAGCGACCUACUGCGAAUCGAAGGCGACAAAGUGGCCGUGCGCCCCGGGGAAGCAGUACUACGGGAGGGGCCCGCUUCAGCUGACGUGGAACUACAACUACGGGCCAUGUGGAAAGGCCAACAAGUUCGACGGCUUGAAGAAUCCGGACAUCGUGGCGAAGAACAAGGUCAUCGCGUGGAAGGCGUCGCUGUGGUUCUGGAAGAAGAGCGUCCGCCCGGUGCUGAAGAAAGGGUUCGCGGCCACCAUCAGGGCCAUCAACGGCGGGGAGUGCAACGGCGGGAACCGCCCGGCGGUUGAAUCUCGGGUGAAGUUCUACAAGAAGUACUGCAAGCGCUUCGGGGUCAAGCCGGGGUCUAAACUAUCCUGCUAA